GCCAGUGUUUAGAUAAACGUAAUCGCUACCACCUAGCCUGUCCCGUCCCGAAGCACUGGUCAUUAUACUUCUGGCUCUGAGUGAAGUGAGUCAAGUGUUUAUUGUUUUUGUGCGGUUUUUUCGUCGGGCGUAAUAUCUUGCAACAAUGAGCGGUAAACGUAAAUUGCAGAAGAAAGAGUUUGAGAAGUUGAAGAAAAAGAUGAGGAAGCUGGAACGUUCAAUGAAGUUGGACUCUUCUAGUCUUGCUCUUCAACAUCCUCGUCCGGCAUCGAUGAAGCCAAGAAAGAGGUGAAUGUU